AUGACGUCCCUGGACCUGCUCGCAAAUCAGGCCCAGGAACGGACCGGCGGAGAUGCAUCGAUGGAGGUGACCAGCGCCCGCGUGGUCUCAGCGUGGCAAAGUCGAUGGAGUAGCAGCUCGAAAGGACAUGGGUGCUUCAAAUCCUAUCUCCAUAGGUUUGGGCACGAGACGGACCCCUUUUGCACACACUGUGCGGGGGCAAUUGAAGACGCAGAAUAUGUAUUCUUUGUCUGUCCGAGAUUCGAAGCUUUAAGGCAUGAGCUCAGCUUAGCGAUUGGGAAGCCGUUCACGGUCUCUGACCUGAUGGAUACGCUACUGGGCUCACAAAACAAUUGGGAUGCCGUAAGCAAAAUGACAGUCUUUGUCAUGAAAUACAUGCGUCGCGCUGAACGUCAGCGCAAUCGACUUCAAACCUAG